GUAACAGCUAUGAGCGCUCGUGGGAGACCGCGCAAAGUCCAGGGCGAGAAUCCAGGCGCAUCUGAAGCUAAAAGUCUUCAUGCUACACGGAAGAAGAGCGAGCAAAAAAACGAGGAGCAGAAGACAACGGACGCCAAAGCGAACUCCAAUUCAAAGAUCCAUGUAAAGAUCCAUCCAAGUCAAGAAGUCUGUGCGAGGAAACCAAGUUGUGUUAAAACUCCAGAAGAGCAACAAACACCCAAACAAACAAGAAGUGGAGAGAAGAAAGUAGCUCCCCGGAGCUCAACACAGAAAGGCAACAGUAUCGAGGAGAAUCCGAACAAAGAGCUCAAGAGUGCUCCUGAAAAAGUACAAAAAAGCCAGAGUGUGGAGUCAGAUAGUCAAAAAGUCACCCGUCUGAAAAAAUCCUCCAAGGUUGCCAAGUGUGUGGAAGAGACUGACGCGCCCCAAACUGCAAAAGGUACCGAAAAUCCCAAUAAAGUACUUUUGGCUGUUCUUGAAAAGUUAAAGGUGAAGAAAAACGAGAGAUCGAAAUCAGCCAAAUGCGUCAAUGAGAUACAGACUAAAAUAACCGAGCAUCUGAAACGGCACCUGAACUGGUGCAAAGAUAUCAGUGUUCUGAAGACAGGAAGCUACUAUGAAAACCUUAAAAUAUGCCAUCCUGACGAGUUUGAUGUUAUGAUGACUCUUUGUUUGGAGAGGGUGAAACUUCAGCCAUUUUCAGAAGACGGGGCCUUCUAUAGUGUAGAAAUGAAACGACACACAAAACAUCCAUUAGACAAGUUUAUUAACGACGACAACAAUAUCAUGGCCAGUGAAAUGCUCAAAGAUUUCCGAGAGCAAAUAAAGCAAGUGAUCAGCUCACUAGAAUAUGAUGUUACACUGGAGAGGAAGAAGAUGGGCUGUCCAGCUGUAACUCUGCUCGUGAAGGAGAAUGGCAAGAACAUUUCUAUGGAUUUUGUCCUUAGUCUGGAAGUCCACUCAUGCUGGCCUGCUUUCACUCAGGAUGGCUUCAACAUAGAAAACUGGCUCGGCAAGAAAGUGAAGAUGGAGGAAAGACGGAGGCCAUUUUACCUGGUGCCUAAAUACGAGGGAAGAGGCAAUGCAGAGCAGGAUGGAAUUAUGGCCAAGGAUGCUUGGCGAAUUUCUUUCUCACAUGUGGAGAAAAAAAUCCUGAAAAACCAUGGCAACAGUAAAACCUGCUGCGAGGGAGGACAGAAAUGCUGCAGAAAAUCAUGUCUGAAACUUCUGAAAUACCUUUUGCAACGUCUGAAGGAUGAGCAACUGGAUGAGGCGGACAAGCUCUGCUCAUACCAUGCCAAGACGACACUGCUUCAUGCAUGUGCUGCCAGAGUGAAGGACAGCGAGUGGGCAGACAGUGAGCUCAGCCACUGCUUCCAGCAACUUCUCAGGGACUUUGAGCAAAAUCUGAGGGCCUGCAAGCUUCCCAACUUCUUCAUCCCCUCCCAAAAUCUGCUCAAUGGCCUUAACAAGAAAAAAUGUGAGCGCCUAGCAGACUACAUUGAAAAUCAACGAAAUAACGGGUUUCCUUUACUGUGUUAAAUCAAGAGGCUCUGAGUCAAGAGUCCUAUACUUUGUGUGGUAGGAAGUGGGAUGAUUUAUGAAACUUUUUUCAAAAUUAAAAUGUUUUUUAAUAGAUAAAAGAUUAUGUGCAUGUCAUCAAAGAUGCACUGUCUAUACCCACUAAACUCCAAUACUAAUCUUUUACAACUCUACAAACAUAUAAAGUCUCACUGGUCCCUCUAAGGGGAGAGAGUAGUUGUUGUGUGAUAUCUAGAUAUUUUAUGCUUAUUUGAAGAAUAAAAAAAACACAAAAAACAAGUUCUUUAGAAAUGUUUAAUUCAAUGUCAUUUAAAUCAGAAAAAUAUUUAUUUUGGAUACAUAAACAAUAACAAACUGAAAACAAUGUUCUUUUUCAACUCAAAUGUAAUUUUUCUUGAAAAAACUUGGAACAAAAUCUUGAGGCUGGAGACAGAUGAACUUGACUGGCCUCUUCUUUCUAGAAUCAGAAGAUAAAUGUUGAAUCUGGACAAAACUGUCUGACUUAAAUGCAGCCUCUUUAUGAGAGUUAGUUGUAGACUAGGCUUAAAUUAAUGAAUAUUGUAAAAGUAUUCCCAAAUUCUUUUUUCUGAUUUAAUUCAAUUCAAAUUAAAUGUAUUUGUAUUGCACUUUUAACAAUGGACAGUGUCUUAAAGCAGCUUUACAGAACAUAAGAAACACUACGAAAGUUUAUUAUUAGACAAAGAUUAAUAUAAAACAAUAAAUCAAGAUUAAUAUUACUUAUAUUUAAAUGGGUUUGUAUUUAUCCUCAAUGAACAAGCCUGAGGUGAAUGUGGCAAGGAAAAAUUUUAAGAUUGAAUGGAGACAAAAAAAAAAAACGUUUACUACAUUAUGGGGCAAAUUAUGAACCUAGAUUAUACAUUCCUGGACUAUAAUCAAUAUAUGAACUAAACAAAUAAAUGAAACUUUAAAAAUGUC